GACCAUGAAAGUCCAAAUUCCUUUUGUCAGAAACAAAUUGGCAAUCUUCCUGUCAUCCUGAUUGAUCAGGAAAGUAUAUAUCUCACUGUUGGAAAACACAUUUUGCUGCGUACCGAUGUUGGUCAAAUAGCAGAAGCUGUUGUUGCCUUUUAG